AAACUCCAUUCGACAUAUUGCAUAAUGCAAACACAUCCACCAGAAGACAUCGCCGUAACCGUACCCACCACCAACUUACGAAGUGCCACCAAUUCUAAAGUUCCUAGUAGAAGGGAUGAGAAUAGUAAUCGAGAUAAUGUAAAUAGUGCCAUUGGACAUAGCUUAGCUAAUGUAAAUAAUGUGUGUGGAGAUUUAAGUAAUGUGACUUACUCAUCUUCAUCUGA